UGUCCUCCUCCCCAUCUCCCCGCCCUAUCCACCGCCGUGCAAUCUCCUCCCCCCUACUUCCGACGCGUCACCCCCAGUCCGGCCACGAGAAAAAGACCCCAGUCUGGCAGCAAAUGGCGUCCAGCUCAGACCAACAGUCUUCACAGUCAUCCUCCCAGCGACCUAGAGCUUCGCGCAUCAUGGACACAGUCAAGCGGUCGCUUAAUACCUCGUCGACGCCAAAAAAGCGACACCAAGACUACUCAGUGAGUCGUUCCUCCACGGUUCUGCCGUUAGGUGCUCACCAAGUGCAGAAAUCUGGCAUGCACUCGACGUACGAGGAAUCAAACCCCACGUCACUGCAGCAGUUCAGAGAUCACGAGGCAGCGUCGACGUCACGGCCCACGAUAGAGCAGAUUGCCAUGGGCCUUCAUGUCUCAAGGACACCUCAUCUGCGACCCCUUGCGGCGUCACCGUACGCCUUCUCCCAGCGAAACUCGGCGCCACAUUCCGCGAAGCCGUACGACCAUCACCACCACAGAUCGACACCCAUCACCCUCCCUUCACCUCCGACUCGCUCGUCGAUGAAGAAGCCAUCGACGACGGUGACCUCGUCAUCAAGCAGUCCGGCGUUGACCCCAGCUUUCUCGAGCGCAUCGCCGUCGACAUCAACAAUCACAUCAUUAGCACCAUCUGCGUCGCAGAAUCCUCGCUCGUUUGCUGCUAUCAAGUUCCGCAUGUCUCGCUUCCUGCCUCAGAACAGGUCGGCAUCGGCACCGACGUCGCUCGUCUCUUCCGCAGUUUCAUCCCCACGGAAUAGUGUGUCCGAGCCGCAGCCGAAGAAAGCAGUCAGGUUUAACACGGAGGAGGAGGGAGAUGGUGACUAAU